GGUUCUUCCAAGGUCAAGCUACCACGAGCAGCAGCAGUGGAACAGACGGAGGCAUGGCCCUAGGUUGGGUGGCGGAGCCGACGCUUGUUGCAUCAGCGUCGAGCUCAUGGGUUGGGCGCAUAUCCCACACUCGACAUCGCCCGCGUUUCUCGGCACGGCGGCCGUCUUCUGACACAGCCUGCACUCUUGACGACUCAGUUCAGGACAAGCCAGAGUCCAUGUCCCGAGCGUCUGUCGUUCGCCUUGUGUCCUCAACGUUGUUGAUUGGGUCGGCGGCUUGUGGCGGACUCGCCGCUCCCGCCUCGGCGUUGGACCCUCAGCGUGAUCGGAGAACGGCCGUACCGCCGCCGCGCCCUCUGCUGCUUCCCGUCGUGAAACUACGGGCAGCAACGGCGAAGGUGCUUGAUCUCUUGGAGGAACCAAGCGGUUGGGAGGAAGCGAGAUCCCUUCUAAGGUCUCCGCCGCUGUCAAAUCCGGACUUUGCCAAGAUCUUGGAUCGCUACAGCGAUUCCAACUGGGAGAAACACAUAUUGGGGGACCUCUAUCGAAAUCAAGGCCUGGCGAGCAUCAAGGCUUUGGACGAAGUGAUGUCGUUUGCUCUGCAGCAGCAGGAGGAUGGGGUGAAGGUAUCGCAAGAGGACGUCGACGACGUGCGAGAUUCCGGUCGCGCUCUCGCGGCCAGCCUCGACGACUUCUUGGCCCUCGCGCCGCCGGAGGACCUUCGAUUGGUCAAAGAUCUUGUCGCGGACCCCGCACGACAGUAAAGAGCUGCUGUUGUCGUAACAAAAUGAGCAAAUGACUGCUGUUUUCAUCGAGGAUGUGCUGGUCGGGGGGAUCCAUUAGCUCGAAUGUGAAGUGUAGCAAAGCAACGAUUCAGGGUGUGUUGUAUG